UGUGGCAGAAUGCAUGUGUAAUUCACACGCGAGAAAUUGAUUUCAGAUAUCCGUUUUUCGGACGUGAGCGCGCGUGCACGCGCAUUGCGAACGUAACAUUAGACGUGGGAAUGAGACGCCGAGCGAGAAACGAGAGACUCUUGCCAUCUAUUGGCAACAUCAAUAAACCGAACAUUUGCACCGUCGAUUGCAUCCGGUGGCCGCGAGUCCAGUAGCGGGUGACCGAUCGUACAACUACCACUACGAGUGAACAACCGGCUGAUGGUUUGACUGACGGCCGGUCGAAAUAAUGGAUCGAAUCGCAAUUCGAGGCCUUGAUGAGUUUAAGGAUGAGUUUGAUGGCGGACAUUCGCUGGCUGAUGCGGCACUUGUCUGUGUCGCAGGUGCUGCGGUGGCGCUCAGCAAUGGCAUGUGCGGUCUGACCGACAGUGGAUUGAAUUCGUCCGCGAGCACAUCGGACUCGGAAAAUAUGAGUGGUGGUGGCAGCAUUGGGGUUGACGAUGCGUCAGGUCGCCCUGGCGUGGAGGGGUGCGAGUUUGGCGCCACGACGGAGGCGCGUUCAGAUGGCGGGGAAUGCAUAGAGCGAAGCGUUGGUAAAGCUGUGGUGGGCAACAACGUUCAGGAUAUAGAAUGCAGUGAUGUUUCACCGGCUGUCACUGCACGUAAACAGGAAGACGUUUGUCACCCAGACUGUGGUGAUCUAAUAACUACUGUCCUAUGCGAAAAGAGAGAUGCUUGUGACCUAGACUGUGGUAACGUUGUACCUACUGUGCCAUGCGUACAUGAAGAGGUUUGUGACCUUGAGUGUGGUAACGUUGUAGCUACUGUCCCACAUGAACAGGAAGACGUUCGUGACCUUGAGUGUGGUAACGUUGUAGCUACUGUCCCACAUGAACAGGAAGGUGUUCGUGACCUUGAGUGUGGUAACGUUGUAGCUACUGUCUCACGUGAACAGGAUGGCGUUCGUGACCUUGAUUGUGGCAACGUUGUAGCUACUGUCCCACGUGAACCGGAAUGUGUUUGUGACUUUGAGUGUGGUAAUGUUGUAGCUACUGUCCCACAUGAACAGGAAGGUGUUUGUGACUUUGGGUGUGGUAACGUUGUAGCUACUAUCCAACAUGAACAGGAUGGCGUUCGUGACCUUGAGUGUGGUAAAGUUGUAGCUACUAUCUCACAUGAACAGGAAGGUGUUCGUGACCUUGAGUGUGGUGACAUUGCAUGUAGUGUGCCAUGCGAAGAGGAAAGAGUUCUUGACCCAGACAGUGUAAACGUUGGGUUUAACGUUCCACGUGAACAGGGUGGCGUUUGUAACCCCGACUGUGGUGACAUGGUACCUACUGUCACAUGCGAACAACAAGAUGUUUGUGAUUCAGAGUGUGGCUCUGUUGUCCCUACAGUACACAGCGCACAGGAAGAAGCUGCUCACCUAGCAUUAGCUGUUUUACCUGUGAAUCACCUUGAACAGGAUGAAGUUUCUGAAUUGGCAGAUAGCGAUAUUGUAAAUACAUGCCUACGUGAACAGGAAGGACAGCAGGACAAAGAUUGUAACCAUGCUGAAGCCAAUCUAAAACAGGAAGAUUACGAUAAUGAGGUCUCCAGCAUCUCUGCUGACACUGGCCGAGCAGAAUAUUUUAAAAUUCUACAAGAUGUAGAGCAAAUGAUGACCAAGACGAAUGUGUAUAACCUGGAUGAAUCAGCCUUGAGCACACAAAUUGGGUCAGUAGGUGCUUCUACGGCCACCUUCCAUCUCGAUGUACAAGUUGCCACAGCCAGUAGUGAUGAUCCUGACUAUAUUGAAGAGAGACAGGUCCCCAUUGACUGCGUAAUUGACCGUGUGACAGGUGCCUGCAAGGAUGCUGACCGCCACUGCUUACUGCCCAGUAAUGGUGGUGGUAGCAAUGAAGCAAUGGACCGGGACGAGAUUCUACACAGUGCCUGUCACCCGAUCCAGAUAGAGUGUGGCGUCACGACAGAGGCUGCCCAUGUCAAUGAUGCUAUCAAACACGUAGACACGGACUUCCAUCGUGAUGGUGCUGAAGGGAGGAGCGUACCGGUUUCUGUCACUGAAAUGUACGUUGAUGAAGAUGAAAGGGUAGCAAGUGAAAGCCGAUAUGAAACACGUUGGCAGCCACUGUCAGUUGGUAGUACUGGCGAACAGAAUGAGGUAACCUGUGAGAAUGUGGUUGCCGGGGCGAGCGAGAUUGCAUCCACAGCACAGACACUCAGUACUGAGGUCGCUACUCUUAGUGAAGCUAUAGCUAUAGACAGCCUCAACGUGUCAAAGACGGAGAUUGUGGGAAAUGCCCAGCUGGGUGUAAUCGGUGAUAUGGGACGUGGUACCAGUAACCCUGAAGCGCCCAUAAGAAACCUAGCAGACAGCUACAAUGAUUACCGCGGUGACAGCAUUGGUGCUGGUGAUGGUGAUCGGCUGGACUGUGACACAGAUGUCAAUGAUAAUGCCGCAGUUAAGGUCGCUUCAGAAGGUUACAUGGUCGAUAAUCUUACGCAAGAUUGUCACAUCGACAGAGGGAGUCAGCACAGUGCUGUUGAGUUACGAGCCGAUGUCGUGUCAGUGAGUCCAGUAGAGAUAGCUUACGCAGUCAAGAGGAAGCUAGAGGUGGUAGCAGUUGAAGGCAGGCAUCCUUCUAGCCACGACGACGUUGGUGAAAUGCCAGUUAAUAGGGGACGUGCUUACAGGCAGCUAAGCUUUCGUCGGGAGACUGAGAAGUGCAGGGCAUCUGAUCACAGUGGUGAUGUUGGCAAGAGUAGACGUGACAUCACCGACCAUGGCGAGCACGAUGCAGCGUUAAGUCACUACCCGAGUGCAGAUCGACAACAGGAGCUUGCAUGCGCACACAAACACUUCAUUCGUAACACCGACACUGAUAAUACCAGCGCUAUACCCAUCGAUCAUGUGCAGCCCAUCGGUCAAGCACUGGACAUCGGAGCAAGCGCUGACCCAGUCAUAAGUCAGAUAAGGCCGAUUUGGCAAGGGUCGGACAUCGGUCAGGCAUAUGGUGACCGCGUCAUCACUCCGUCUUCGAAUCCCGUCGGUCAAGCGCCGGACGUCGAUGGAGCGCAGCGGGUCGGCGGUCAGCGAUACCUCACAGUGACCAACCUGAGAAGGCUGGACGCGGCACUCAGCCUGCCGACGUCUGACGCACCAGAGUCAGACUGCAGUCCCAAUGAGACGUUCGCAUCGGACCUCGACGACUCAAACGACUCCGAGACGUUCUCCAGCGAUGUCGCCCGAGACACGGACAGCCUCACCAGCGACGACGAAGAGGAGGUGGAUGAGGCGGAUGAUGAGUUGCACUCUGGUCGAAUGAUGCCAGCACGUUGCUGGAAGUCGCAGGACAGCGUCAUUAGCACGGAUAGCAUUCGCAUGAUGCGAGCCAUGUCGGCUGACACGGCGUCCGUGCGCUCCCUCGCUGAUAGCAACACCGUCUACAGAGUUGUUAUUACCCUUAAGCAGAACACGGAGGUGAAAGAUGAAGAUGAAUCGGUAAAGAAGGAGUCAUGCAGCACACAGACCUCAGGUCGCAGCUAUGCAGCCAAGAUGCCGCCGCCUCCCACGGAGGCAGGGAAGCCAGCACCGGUGCAGCGAGUCCAGCUGGUGACAUCAUCAGGCACACAGACUAGCCCCUCCCCUAAGCCAAGACGGAAGCAGCAUCACUACCACCAUCAUAGGCAUAACGUGGGUCAGCCUGGAGGGGGUGGUGAGGAGGUGGAUGGAAGGCCCGAGGACGGAGACAGGCACAUGAAUGGACAGGCAAGGUCAGGUGUACACGACCAACAUAGCAGGCACAGAAAAGCUAGCAGCUCUUCCAUAUCCUCUGUGUCUCAGACGGCGUUCAGCAAGACGGAAGGCACUGAUCCGUUGGUCGAUCGGCAGCACUCGUCAGGUCGCUCCAGUGAUAGCAGCUCACUGUCGCAGAGCCACGGCUCGCUGGACAGUCCACAGCGGUCAUCCGACCCCUCGCGCGCGCCUCACAGCCCCCACCGGUCAGACUCCUCCCGCACCCCUCACAGCCCACACAGCCCUCGCCGGUCCGACCCCUCGCGCGCGCCGCUCAGCCCCCAGCGGGCAGACUCGGCCCACACCGCGCACAGCCCGCAGUGGUGUGACGUGUCGCGCACCCCGCACAGCCCGCUGCGCAGUGAGUCGUUGUCGUCGCGUGACGCGGUGUCGCGUGGCGUGGACGUCGCCGUUGCUGAGUCCCCGCGGCCGCAGCGCAGCGGGGUCGGCUCAGCGCGCCGUGGCUCUGACAGCGGGCUGCGUGCGCUAGAGCUCAGCAUACAGACGGUGCCCGAGGACCAGGACAUCGACGCGGUGCCGGCACCGCCACCGCCGCGUCGCGCCGCCAAGGAGGCGCCGAUGUCGCCCAGCUCACAGAGCUCGGCGCAGUCGUCGCGCAGCACGCCGGAGACGGGGGCGGCAGCUCCUGGCGCUUGCUCUAGUGAAUCCAGUGUGGUCAAGUCGUCGCUGUGCCGGCACCUGAGGGUCGCCUGA